CACGUACCCCCAUGUCUCUAUCCAAACUUCAACCAUCUCUCUCUCUCUCUCUCUCUCUCUCUCACUCACCCUUUGCUUCUCCAAAUUCUGACCAAACCAAGAACAAGAAAGAAACUAGGACAGCUUAUAAAACCAUAUCACUGCAAAGUCUCAAACUUUGCAUCAUAACCUUAAAGUCCCAUUUUUUUUUUCUUUUUCCAAAAGCAUAAACAUCAUCAUAUUCACACAUAUAUAGUAUACUACAAAUAUGGUGAAACUAGCAUCUGCAAGAGAGAGUCGAAUGUACGGACCUCGACUAGCUCGAAACAGAUUGGAGUACAUAAACGCGGGGCUAUACUUGUUUGCCACCCUUGUUCUUCUUGGUGGGUUUGAGGCUCAACUCUCAAGCAAGCCCAAAUCUGGUCUUGUUAUUUUGCUCAUAGCUUUGGCGCUUAUCAUAUUGGUCAAUGUGCAUGACCUUGUGGCUCAUGUUUCUGGGAUCGAUUGCCGGUUACAGUUGAUGGAGCUCGACCUACAGCUCGCACUCGUCGAGUUCGCGGUUCCUGUGGUUCAGACGCUCGGAUCCAUUCUUUUUUUUCUUGGGGAUUCUUUUCCUUUUUAUUCAGUGCAGGAAGAGAAAGGAUAUGAUUACUUCAAAUUGCAAAAGCAUGGUUUGAACAUGCUAAUUGCUGGCCCAGUCCUAUGGGUGCUUGGAUCGAUCCACAACUCAUGCCAAAUAUAUGAGAGAGCUGGAGGGCAUGUCCAAAUCUUGCAGCAUAGAGUCCACAUUCCAUUUUUAAUGGGAAGUUUGUUGUUCAUGAUGGGUGCAAUUCUCAACAGCCAUGAGCAAGCUGGAUUAGCCCAUCAUGGACUAGAGCUACUGGGUAGGACUUGGAUUUGGCUAGGCAUUUUUGGAAGCCUAUUGUUCUUUAUUGGUGGAUUAGCGAAUGUAAUUAAGGUGUUCAAGAUGCAACAAAUUGAUGGACUAAGGCAUGAGAAAUUGCGGGGAGGGGCACAUGACCGACUUAUCCAUGAAAGGGAAGGCCGAGUACCCCUCAUCCUAGAAGAUCAUCAGAGAAGAAAAAUAAGGCAAGUUGAGGAAGUAUAAGUGUUACCUGCACCUGCAGCUUCAAGUCCAUAUAAGGAUGUCCUCGUUGGUCAGUCCUAAAUAAUAUUGUUUUAGUAACAACAGCCUUGGUUCUUUGAUUUACCUUACAUUUUCUUGACUUGCCUGUACUUUAUGUGGUUCAAUACAACUCAUUUUGAUGUGUUACAACUCAGUUUGAUGUGUUGCGAAAGAGACACAAGUGAUUUCAUUUUCUACUUC